UCUUCAAUUGAGUUUCCCAUCCUCCUGCAGCUUGACGUGUCGUCAUCCUUCAGACUUGCAUCAGUCGAGAACAUCAGCAAGUCUACUCGAUCAAGAAGCUGAUCACUAGCUCAAGUUUGUUUGACAGUUUUAUUCUGUGAAUCACUGCGCUCUGCUUUGUUCUUCAGGCCGCUAAAAUGGCCUCCACCAGGAGAUCAGCUGUUGCCAAGGUUUUGAUGGCAGCGAUGGCUGUCUCCAGCGUUGGAGUGGCUCUGGCGCAUGAGGGUCACGCCCCAGCACCAGCACCUUUGGGAACGUCGGCAGCAUCAGGUCUGUUACCAGGAACGAUGGUGACCAGCUUGAUGGUUGCCAUCACGGGAUUCGUGGCAGCUUGAUGGUUGUGACUGUGUUGAGUGGGAAAUCUGAGCUCGCGAUUUAUAUUUCAUCAUCUGGUUCGUUGCUUCAGGGCUUAUGUGCACAACAGGGGUUUGUAGUCUUUCAAUGGAUUUCGCGGACCUGACUAGAAUGAUGUCUGAAGAUAGACCGUCAGACUGAGCAGAAUUGACAUUAAUAGGAGGACAACGUCGAACAAAGAAGAGAAAAGUUAGGAAGAGUUGGCAUUGUGGCAAACGAUGAGUACUUAAAUUUAGAGGAUAGUGAUGUGGAAACUACGCAGUAUGAUUAGACUGAAUAUAGUAUCAAGGAGUAACGAUUAUAUUUGAUGUGUAAUUUAAUCCAACCUAGUCAGGAACUUUGCUGGGUUGCUUACAUUGGAACACAUAUGUGAUUUGGGAUUUGAUUGAUCAAUAAAUGCUCUUGAGAGGUUUCGAC